AUGACACAGCAAGACCCAAACUGGAACCCGCCUCGCGGACUCAGAAACCGCUACCCACACCGACGAGGCCAUGUCCAAGCAUCAAGUGAUCCAAACCCUGCUCCACAGAUCUUGCAACCGCAAAGUCAGCAUACUGAGUCGACUCGGAAUCCGCAGCGGAACAGCGAUCCUUUCCAAUAUGAUACGCAGACAAUGCCAUACUGGGACGAUGCAAGCGGCGCAAUCCACGAUAUCUCCAACGCGACACCGCGAAAUCUAGAUCGAGCAUACGCGAAGAACGUUGCUGGUGAGACUGGAACUACGCAUAGUGACCAGCAACAGCAGGACCAGGUUGCAGGUCUUCAAACGUAUGGGCAACAUCAGUGGCAUAAUCCGUAUGCCGAGAUUGUUGGCGGUGGACCGUAUGCACAAGAUCAAGUAACUCAUCCUACAUCUACAUCUACGCCACCGAAGAACACAUCUAGGACCGCUACCACCAAAGACAACAAGGGCGAUAAACGGGAUUUCACGCCCUACUUCGACGCGGCAGACCCGCGGAACCACACCGAUCUGAAAAGUCCAGAUAAAUACAACUUCCUCGGAACGAAAGACGUGAAUCAGAAGAUACGCCAGGACACCACCGAUGCGAUCAAGCUAGCAACAGAGAAGCGUGGAAAGAUGAAGCCAGAUCAGCCAUUACCAUCGCUACCUGAACAUGAGGCCCAGACGGCAGUGAAGAGGAAGAGCGCGCCCCUCCCCCCUAUUCUACCUAGAUUCGCGUUCGAGAAUCCAACAAUAAUAUCGGCGAAGUUGGUGAAGUCUAGGACAGCUUCGUUUCGCAAGAGUGCAGAAGCUCAACACAACACCACUCCUCUUUCCGCGAUCGACGAAGCGCCAUCACCGCUCAACGCAUCAAACAAGCGACGAAGUGUCGACCGCACACCCACGCUCGACCGCGUCCUCGCCCUACGCGCAGAAGAACAAGCGAAAGCGCUUGCGAAACUCGAAGGCGAUGUUCUGGAAGACAAGCCUACUGAUGACGGCGAACAACAUAUCCCGCGCGAGUUGGUCAAGAGGAUUGGUGACUCGGAAAGUCGGUGUAUUCCUAGAGUCACGUCGCGGGAAGAGAAGAGGCAUGCGUCUGAGUUCGUUCCGGGUAUGGAGGUGGCGGGACGGGAUGAGCGGGAGGGGAUUUGUAUGAUGGAUGAUCUGGAUGUUCGAGCGAAGGAGGAGGAUGGUGCGGGUAGUAGUGUGUAUAGCAGUGUCGAUAACGCGCAGGAAGACGAGAUCGAGACGUUGACGAAAGCGAUAGCGGGGUUGAAGCCGUUUCAAGAUCUACCGCCCCCGUCUUCGUCGCCGAAGAAGAAAGCGUUCGAGCGGCAGAGCGCUGUGCCAGUGGGGUUGGACGUAGCAAAGCUCGGGAAGGGGAAAGGGGGGUUGGGUGAUGGGGCUGGAUCUAAGACAAAGCCGGAGGAACUAGGUGGACGAACGCAAGUUGAGGCAGAAGCGGAGCUUUUGAAGGUACUCAAUGCGACGAAUGAAAUUAGUGGCGGGGGUAGCGCGGGCGUGGGAACUUCGCAGGAGAACUCUUCAGUUGAGUCUUUUGCGACGGUUUCUUCGGAUGACUACGAACAGAUUCGGGCGGAGGAUGAGCUGGCGUCGGAGCAGAAUGGCGUGAAGAGGCGGUGGUAUAAGGGCUUCCGGAAGGUUUGA